UCCUGAUUGUCUUCGACCCAGUCGUGCUUUUCUGCCCCAGCGUUGUUACACUGUUGCGAAGCUCUUGCAAUACAGCUCGUGAGAGUCCGGCCCCAAAGCCAUCCCACAGGAGCCAAGGAUGAUGCAAACAAUCGAAUAGGCAAAACAAACAAAAGAUACGAUGUCGGUGGAAACUUGGCAGUGGCGUCGAGUGGGGGCAUGCGGAAACAAGCCACCUCGAUCCAUCAGCCGUGAAACUGCUUCCAAGGCGUCAUCAUCAUGUUCGUCUUAUCGCUGGCUUUCCCAGUUGGAGUUCAUCUUUCCCCUUCCCACCAUGUUUCCCUAUCACGAACCGUCGGGAGCCAGCGUCGUCAUGGCAGGGUACCUUUCGAGCCCCACUGGGACUGGUUGUCCCAGCAGCAGUGAUGAUGCCAGUGCACGUGGCAGUCCCGAAGCAAACAGCACCCGAGAUGGCGAGGAAGCGUCAUAUGUAUUAGACAACAGCAGAAGCCAAAUGGCGUCGUCUCUCGAGAGGCGCUUGAACGACUUGGAGUUUCUCGAGUUAUUGCAGACGCUCCAUGAAGAUUACUUACAAUGCCGGCGUCCGCUAAGACAGGACGCUGUUGUUUCCUCGGGUGCCAAAAAGGAAGAAUCGGAUGACAUGAAGUGGUACCUGCAGUCCAGAUUUCUAGUUGACUUUGGAGACUGCCAUAAUCUCGAUCAGCAACGGGCUCUGGCACAAAUCUACGAAAGGUUGUCUGCAUUGGCCCUGUUCUCCGCGGACCAAAGUGGUACCGUUCCCGUUGACGACAAGUCUCAGCAAGAAUUGGAAGUGAUGCUCUGUCUCCACAAGAUUGCCGCCAUCACGUCGAAAGAACAAGAUGACAAUAUUUUCAUGCUGGAAGUCGUUCAGGCACAUCAGCGAUUGGGGAGCUUUCUCCAGAGACACCUAGCCAAGCACCAAGAAGCUCUUCGCCACUAUCAGGUGGCCCUGACAUUGCUGGACCAAUGCGUGGUCGAUGAGGAUGUCGAGGAACAUGUUGCCGCAUGCUUGUACGGAAUUGCCUCGGGGCUACUCCAGGCUUGUUCUGGCGAAUCUCCUUGGUUUGAUGGACAACAACAGCAAGCUUGUAUUGAACAAGCCAUUGAACUGCUCACAGAGGCCCUGCAAGUUUGGCAAGGCAUGAUGGACCGAUUGGGUCCCACCGAGAGCGCUUACACUGCCAUGGCUGAGAUCUUGGUAGCUCUGGGUGACGGCUACAACCAACAGCAGCAAGCGCCCCCUCUAAAGGUUCUGGAAUGCUAUCGUGGUGCUCUGUCUGCGAUUGAAAAGGCCAAGCUGGACGGUACACAUUCAGUCAGGAUUGAUGCCUUGAUGGCGUUGGGUGACUUCUACAGUAAGGCUGUGACUAGUGGGAAACGGGUGCGGAUGGGUGGUGGCAGGGAUCCGCUGGACCGAGGUUUGAAGUUGUAUUUUGAAGAGACUGACCGAGCUUUGACGUUGUAUUAUGAAGUGUUCUCAGUGGCAAGCUUGGGUACAGCGCACCAUGAACAAGCCAGGCUCAAAGCAGCCAUUGUCCACUUUGAUCGUGGUGAGAUUGGAUCGGCUUUAGAAAACUUGACGGCCUUUCAACUAAUGCGUCAUGAAGGUGGUAACCAGGAGGACUUGGCCUACUUUAUUGGCUUGUUGUCCAGCGCUGCAUGCCACUACGCAAACAUCAAUUCACUCCGUGCCAAGAGACUGUACGAGGAAGCUUUUGGGCUCAUUUCAUCCAAAGAGAAUCAUUUGCUGGUCGAGAAUCCAAUGCUGGAAACAUACAUGUUUAACUAUGUUGUGGCGGAUGAUGAUGGCGAGUUGCCGUUCCAAGAAUACGACAAACAGCCGAAAACGGAUAUGGCAUUGCUCUAAUGCAAGUAGGAAGCCGGGUCCCGGCGAUGAUACCCGAGAAGACAGACAUGGAUACACACAACACAUACAUGGGUAGAAAAAAUGCAGUCUUGAUCGAUAGGAUUUGGACCGUCCUUUGUCGCCGAGUGGCUGGACAUUGGAGCAUAACCCUACAUGGAACAACAAAACCAGCAUCUUGGACUGUAGUGACCUCGAAAAUGCGCUUGUGUGUAGUCCCCACACGAACUGCACUGGACAUAUCCUCGUCGCCUCAGUGCUGCGUCUCGUUUCAGCCUUUCUUGCAGCAACCUCUCCUUUCGUUCUUGCUCUAGGCGCUUUGCCUGCUCCAGCUCUUCUCGAUGUUUCUGCUCCUUUUCAAUCACCUUUUUGAGAGUUUCCAAACCAAAGUACUCGGAAAGAUGAUACAGUUCCGAUGCAUUCGCUUCGUCGAGGGAUUUCUGUAUGAAACCGUCGCCCCUAGAAAACCACAACAAGAUCAAGUCAAAGGCAACAACAAGGCUCUCAUCAACUUGUAGUAUGGUAGUCCCAGACAAUCCUUCAUUGGUUCCAAGGAUCUGUUUGGCCAAGAUUGAAUCAGCACCACUUCUCUCCAUCCAAUCCUCGGGCAGGAAUUUUUCGUUUCCGUUGAGCACGAUACGAAGAAUCAUGGCACCUUCUUCAUGCCGUUGAACAGCGAAGUCUUCGACCGACUUUGCAUGCAUCGUUUUCUCCGCCAUUGUCGAUGAAAAGUAGCGAUACUCAGAGAACAGAAUGCAUGUGUCCUGUUGAGACCUUUGCUGCUGAGGUUCACAAAUAAAAACUGCGAGCUUCUCCUAAAAGUACAUGUAAUGCACUUUAAAAUUUUCACUUUCCACGCUGCAAGACCACGUUCAAGGAUCUUUGCGACAACAAACCAUGACCAUCCAGAACAUCAAUUGAUACUGUAGUCAUCACCACGACCGUUUUCACCUUCCACGGUAUAAGACCACGUUCGAGGAUGCUUGGAGUCGAGUCGAGUCGAGUCGAGUCCGAAGCUGCCCACACUGAUGCACACCAGAACCAACAAACACUUCCCAGGCACCGGUAGUACUGGUAUUGGUACGUGUGUAGGCGUCUCAUUCUUCUGGCUCAAUUGGAUUUCUUGAAGCUGCAAUUGAAGUGGAGAUUGUGCUGGCUACAUGUACCGGUAGCCAAUAUUGGCAGUGUUAUCGGGACCCUUCACGACAUACGGUACGUAGUAGAUGUUCGAAUGUAGCACUCACGGAGUGGCAAAGACUUCACAGAAGCCAACUUCGCGUAAUGUGGUGCCGGUAAAUCGAAGGAUUGGCUCGUACCUCGUACCGGUACAUGCUGUUCAUCUGUGACUGGGAUGACCUGCACUGGUACCGGUACAAUGUUCUGGUGUGCCGAGAUACCGGGGCUGAAUGAUCGAGCUACAAGUAGUUGUUCGCGUACGGAAUGGCAAUUAGCUCUGCAACAUAAUUUUAUGUCAACACGAUGGCUCCGGACCAUUCAGGCUUCUGUAGGCUUUGGCUCAAGCCAAUUGAGGCAGGGAUGUCUUCCCUACUAUCAUAGAACAGGACAUCAGCAGCUGAAGGUUCGAGGAGGAGGGACCGAUUACAGCCAGAGGAAUUAGUGGAGGGGUUCACAACUACCCACUGUACCUACUAGCUAGCAGACCCCAUGAACAAAUACGAAUAUGUUACUAUGGGUAGGGUGCCCGGCCGGGGGUGGAGUGCAUCAGCAGACCCCAAAGAACUCAUCUCGAGUGCCCUGCGGAAAAGGCGCUGGCCAUAGGGGGGAAAUCACAUUCCACGGUGGAAGACCACGUUCAAGGUUCAAGGAUCUUCGCGAGAGUCACAAGUCAUCAAAGCCAUUCCAUGACCGGUGAAAAGGAUCUUUGUAUGUGAGAGUCAUCCAGGACAUCUCCAGUACUUUUUGCUAG